AUGGGGCUUAGAACAGCACUGUCAGUCAGAUAUGCUCAGGUAGUAAGAUUGCAUAGUAUAACCCUUUUUUAAGGCCCAAUAGAGUUCAGGAUGAAAUUUCUCCUUGUAUUAUCAAGGCUUUAUAAAACAUGGUUGCCAUCACAAAAGAUGAAUCUAACUGAUACUUUAAAUUCUCCCCACUACAUCUAUUUAAAGCAUAUGGACAAAAAAUGAGUAUUUGAGUUUUGAUAUUAGGGUUUUUAAAGGGUCAAGUGCCAAGAGGGACAGGCAUUAAUUUCUCCUCACAACCACAAUGUUAGCCUGCGUGGCAAGCAUUUCCGUGUGGUUUCAGAGCAUUAAGAAGGAGGAACAAGAGUCAAUACGUACCAUUCCUUGGUCUUUCUUUGUUCCAAAACCAAACAGAAAUGCUUGCAAUGCAGACUACCAGGGUAUGAGAAUUAACGAAAUGAUUACCAAAGGGAAGCUGCUUAGAUCUUUUCAAUUAUUAUCCCAAUUUAUACAAUAAUUUUAUGAGAAAAAAAAAGAAUGAUUGUGGACACUGGGGCAACAGGUAGUGUUCAUUGUAGAGAUUAUCCAGAAAUAACGGGUCAUGUUUCACCAAUUAUGUGAUGUGGCAAGGCGUCUAUCUUCUUAAGAUCUUAACAAAAGUGGGAGAAAAACAAGUAAUUAUUAGUUUUCUUGGUGGGUUUGCUUUUGAAUGGAGUAAUGGUUCUUAUUAUGGCAAGUAUUUGCUCAAAUAUACACCUAUUAAUUUGCUGGAAUAAUGCCAUUUUCAUUAUAAAUGCAAAUUAACUAGCUAUUGUUGACAUUUACCAUUCUAUCAUAAUGAUGAAGACUUUUUUUCUCAACAGGGUGAUUUGCACAUUGUUGAUUCCUUUAAAGAUAUUGAAAGUGAACGGGUUAGUUGAAAGUGUCAUCUGAAACCUGCACUUGUAACUACUAUCAGACUCCCUAAUAAAUAUGGACAAGAUUUUGUGAUUGAUGGAAUUUCCUCAUGUCAUCUGAGCUGCAUGUAGUUUUAUGUUCUAGAGGUUUUAGGUACAGUGUGUUGCACAUUUUUAAAAGGUAAACACUGAACCAUCCAACUUGCAUGGCAAAUAGACCUUUCUCACCAUCUUCUCCAGUGAGCAUGCACAAUAAAACAAGUCAAGGAUGGGUGGACAAUUUCAUACAAAUCUCUGAUCAGUAUUUUGAAGACCCAAACCUCAAGUUGUUGCCCUUAUGAAAAAAUGUAAUUUUUUUUUGUGGGAAUGCAAGAAUGGUAUAUAAUACAUAGAGAGGUAGAUUUUAUGGUUUCAGAAAAUAUCCAUACCACCCCACCACGGAGGUUCAAAGCCAUGUGGCUGCACCCUCCAAGUCAGAAAACUCCUCCCCCCGGGCUUCCAAAAAAGGGAAAGUGGCAAGAGGGCUCUCUCCCAUCCUUUUCUUUUUCGUGGGGUGGGGGUGGUGGGAUGUGGUUACACAUAGGCUAGAAGGGUCAUUGAAAAGAAAAUCUAAGGGUGAAAGGUUAACAUUUUUGAAGGAUAAUAUCUCUCUAGGAAAGUGAGACAGCUUAACCUAAGUUCCAGACAGGAAGUUGGGGGGGGGGAGGUGAUACCAGAAAUCUCUCUGUGGGAGGAGGACAGUGAAACCUCGAUAAAAUGAACCUCUACACAAUGAAGUCCUUGGUAUACCCUGUACCAAACAAGUUUCCUCACGCCACUAAUGGUAAAAUAUAUCAAAAAGAACUUUGAAACAAUAAAACCUUGUUAGAGGGAUUAAACAUAUUUUGCAAGACACUUGUCCAUUCAUUAUCUCGAGGUUCCACUGUAUGUAUUUUUAUGAAAAGCACCAAUUUUGGCAAUUUUAAUUUUGAAACAAUUGUCCUUUGUAGGAUUUGAUUCCACUUUUCGAAAAAAGAGGCUGGACGAAUGCUGUGCUUGUGGAUUCGUAAGUUGUUUCCUAUGAAGUUGUCACAGGAAUAAUUUUUUUGUUUCAUGAUGUCAAAAAGGACAUUUUUUAUAAAACUCUUUGACCAGCUUUAUUAAAAAGUUUCACAUGUAAAACAGUACUACUUGUUUCAUUUUGUUUUGCUUUUUUUAAAGAAAAAAUGGGGCAAUUCUAUGCACAGUGUAUGCCUACGAGACAGUCCAAGGGUGGCAUUGAUUUUUCGCUAUCUAGGAAGUGAAUGUUAAUGGUACCUGUUUCAAUGUAUUAAAAUUUAUAUUUGGCUCUUAGCGUUGGCCGAUAGAAACAAAAAAAAUGUAUUAUUCAACUCUGAACCUCACAUCGAGUUAUUUUGUUUUAUUCUUCCCACCCUUGGAGCCAGGUAUGAAUUUUAAUAAUCACAAUUAUUUUGUCUAUUUAUAUGCCAUAUUUGUCUCAAACCACAGGCAGUCCAACUCAAAACUACAUCAUGCUGCAGCAGAGAUGAAUAAAGUGGAUGUGCUUUAUAGUAUAGGUAUGAAAACAUCAAGCAACUUUGUAAUAACAGCUAUUUACAAAAUUAUUUGAAGAGGCCUUAUUAAUAUCAAGAAUUAGGUAGAUCAGAGGUGUUGGCCUCAACAGAUAACACUCCAAAUAAUUUACAACCUAUGUCUGUCGAAAAUUAACAGCAGACAUCUUCCGAGUUUGAUGGUCAAUCGUAGAUGGUUAUGAAGAAUUAGCCGGUUCCUUGAACGAUGGUUAAGUUUAGCCCAGGAUUAAGCCAAAUUUUAAGAAUGGUGUUCUUGUCUGAGAACACGUAACUAAAAAGCUUACAAAAUACUGUUUAGCCUUUACUCUGAGAUACAGUAAUAUAUAACUAGUAAUAGUUGACACUACAGCUGCCCCCGUUCUGUAUAUUGUCGGUCAAUAGUAUUCUUGCUGGUUGUGUAGCUCUUUGAAAUAUACCGAUUGAUAAUGAAGAUUUUCACACAUAUUCCAUACUAGACUGCAAAACAGUCCGUAUUUUUGCGUAUUCAACUACGCAAGGCGCGAGCAGUCAAACAAAAGGUCUGGAACGAGGCUGAAAACAGAGGGCGAGACCUGGGGAGAGACGCCCUGCGGGCGUGUGAGGCUCUCGCGCUUUGCGCGCGUAAGACUCUUACGGCACGCUUUACCGCUUUCUUUACUGAUUUUGAGGAAAAAACCGACUGUUUUGCAGUCUAAUUCCAUACAAUAGGUGAUAUAAAUAUACAGGAAACGCAAGGUUCCGUGCACAGUUUCAGCUCGAUUUACACAGCUUUGAUCAAAACAUUCUCAGUUUCGAGAAUAGUUUAUUCUAGACCAUAAGAAAAGAUUUAAUCAGAAGUUGAAUUUUUCGCUAUUUCUCUUUCACUUUUUACAUUCAGUUCAUUUUAUUUGCCGGAAAGUAGGCCUUAGAAAUUAAAAGGACGUUUGAUCGAUUCACGCUCGCGCAUUCUAGUCUUAUUUGAAACUUUAUAACGGAAGGACAUCUGUGAGCAGGGAAUAAGUCAGCACAGAAUUUGAUUGACGGCGAAUUUCUGUGAUCGUCCAUCGUUCUGCUAGUGAUAAGCUAGCCGUUGUUCACUCGUCUUGCUUGUUUGGGAGUGAGUCUUAUUCCGGUCAAAGAGAGAGAAAGAGUGUCUGGCAAGGUUUCCAAUAUAAAUCAAAGAUUUGUGAACUCGUGUCUGGCAAACUCCCCAAGUGUUUAUAUAUACAUAGUUAAACGCCCCUUAAAACCUCAUCUGCGCUGAACGAGUGUCUUUUGGUCCAUAACUUUCAAAACAACUGCUCCACAGAAUAUCACUGCGUAACGCAAAAGAGUAUCAAAGUAUGGCUGCACAAUAAAUGUCACAAAAUCUACCUGAGCGUUCCCUUCGGGAUUUUCUGUCUUUACGUCAUCCUAACCAUUUCGUACUUGCGGGCGCAAACAAUAGAAACGUCAUCAUUACCUACCCAUUCCUCGCGGCCCCUGUUCGAGCAAAUCGAGAUUUUUUCUAGUAUACUGACUGUAUAUUUGAACUGUAAGUACUGUCCUUAAUAUACGCGCGAGUUGCUAGGGUACCUCCUCGGGAUUUCGCCUCUGGGCGAAAUCCCUGCGGGGGCAAUAAUACAAAAUGUUACUCUAAGUAAUGCAUAGAAAGUAAAUUUAUACAUUAAUAUAGUGCAACAAAAUUUUAGUCCUGGAUUACCGGUAAUCGGCCUUUCAGGAACAGAGCUUUUAAGCCCAUGAGAAAGGGACAAAUAUGUAAUGAAUGAAUGAUGAUAAUAAUAUUGUCACGGUCAACUCAACCAUCAGGGAUACAUCCCGACUUCUCACUCGCAAUUUGUGGGAAACAAUACAUCAUCAAAGAGUACCAGAAGCCAAAACUUCCUGUCCACUUUUGUUAUCUCCAUUACUGUCACUAACUAAAACUCGGCUGAGUAAUGUCAAGGACAUUUGGGCCCAUGCUAUUGAGGUGUGCCUUUCAUACACUCUUAGAUUAAUUAUUGUACCCACUAUAGGUAUAUAACAGGUAGCAUUUAAAAUCUCUAGACAGUGGGAAAAAAAUCUAUAUCAUUCGCUUAACAAAAUAAAUUUCUUUCAACUAUAACUUUAUUUGUUUGGUAACUUUUUGUAUAUAUGAAUUUUCUUCACAGUUCUAAAUGUGUACUCAAUCUUACUUCGGAAAAAGGUGAUUUUGACUCUGGAUGCUGUCAGAACUCUCGAAGAAAGACUUUGA